AUGGCAUGGAAAACAAAGGAAUUUUAUAAACUUGGAGCACUAGAACCAUCCAGAAAGAGACCUGCAACAAUUCAUAUUCCAGCCUUAGUAAGCAAAGUGUGGCAUCUUGUAAUGGGUGAAAAUUCACAAGAACAGAGACUUAAUGUUUUUGACAUAUUUUGUACUUGUUUCAACCUGAGAAACCUGCUUGUAAUGUAUGUAGGAGAGUGGGAGCACUGGAAAAGCAAAGUCGAAGAUUAUGUCUAUCCUGACUCAUACACUCCAGAAUACAGUUCCAUACUUGUACCAAAUAUUGAUAACAUCUGUACUGACUUUCUCCUUCAGACUGUGGCAAGACAGGGCAAGGCUGCUUUACUUAUUGGUGAGUCAGGUACUGCUAAAACAGUGAUUAUCAAGGGGUUUAUGAAAAAGUAUAACCCAGAAACUCAUCUUGUCAAGAGUUUCAACUUCUCCUCUGCAUCCACACCUCUUCAUUUCCAGAGGACAAUAGAGAGUUUUAUAGAUAAGAGAAUGGGUAGUACUUAUGGGCCACCUGCUGGAAAGAAGAUGACAAUCUUUAUUGAUGACAUAAACAUGCCACUCAUUAAUGAAUGGGGUGACCAGGUAACCAAUGAAAUUGUGAGACAAACAAUGGAGAUGCAUGGUUUCUACAACCUAGAGAGGCCUGGAGAAUUUAUUAACAUUAUUGAUAUCCAAUUUCUUGCUGCUAUGUGUCAACCUGGAGGAGGUCGAAAUGACAUACCUUCACGCUUAAAACGGCAGUUUGCCAUUUUCAACUGCACCCUUCCCUCGAGCGCAUCAAUUGAUAAGAUUUUUGGUGUGAUUGGAUGUGGUCAUUUCUGUGCUAACAGAGGGUUUUCUGAAUCUGUACGCUGUUUUGUAACCAAGUUAGUACCAUUGACAAGAAUUUUGUGGCAGCUUACAAAGGCAAGCUUACUCCCAACACCAGCAAAGUUUCACUACAUUUUCAAUCUGAGAGAUCUAUCUCGUAUUUGGCAGGGAAUAAUUUGUACUCAGUCUUCUGUAAUAAAUUCUUCCAAUGUUCUCUUAAGUUUGUGGAAGCAUGAGUGUUGUAGAGUAAUAGCUGAUAGAUUCACAUCACUGAAAGAUUACACUUGGUUUGAAGAAGCAAUGAAACAAGCAGUUUCAGAGCAUCUUGGAGAACAAUAUCUACAAAUAAUUCAACAAACGAAGUAUUUUGUUGACUUUCUGAGGGAUGCUCCUGAACCAGCAACAGAAGGAGCUGAAGUAGAGACAGAAACACCUAAAGUUUAUGAACCGGUUCAGUCCUUAACUCUGUUAGAAGAGCGUCUAAAAACACUGCUUGGUCUAUACAAUGAACUGAUUCGUGGUGUAGGAUUAGAUCUUGUAUUUUUUGAAGAUGCAAUGACUUAUUUAAUUAAAAUUUCAAGAAUCAUUAGAAUGCCUGGAGGGAAUGCUUUGUUAGUUGGUGUUGGUGGUUCAGGAAAGCAGUCUUUAACCAAACUUGCUUCUUUUAUUGCUGGCUAUAAAACAUUUCAAAUAACCCUCACCAGGUCUUAUAAUGCCUCCAACCUACUGGAAGAUUUAAAAGUUCUGUAUCGCACCACUGGUGUUCAAGACAAAGGAACAACUUUUAUCUUCACAGACCAGGAUAUUAAAGAGGAAGGAUUUUUGGAAUAUCUUAAUAAUGUUUUAUCUUCUGGUGUGGUUUCAAACCUCUUCACUCGAGAUGAACAACUGGAAAUUAUUCAAGAGUUAAUGCCAGUUAUGAAACGAGAGUUUCCACGUCGACCUCCUACGCCUGAGAAUGUAAUGGAAUUCUUUCUUUCAAGGACAAGACGAAAUCUUCAUGUUGUAAUGUGUUUUUCUCCAGUCGGAGAAAAAUUUCGCACACGAGCCCUAAAAUUUCCUGGUCUAAUUUCUGGGUGUACAAUAGUAUGGUUUCAACCUUGGCCAAAAGAUGCUCUUGUAGCUGUAGCUAAACACUUUCUAGAAGAAUUUGAUAUGAUUUGUGAACCAGCAGUGAAACAACAACUAGUGGAAGCCAUGGGAAGCAUUCAUGAUCAUGUUGCUACCUGUUGUGUUGACUAUUUCCAGCGGUUUCGUAGGUCAACUCAUGUGACACCCAAGUCUUACCUUUCUUUCAUAAGUAAUUACAAAUCUGUUUAUAAACAAAAACAGGAAGAGAUUGGUGAGUUAGCAAGAAGAAUGGAUCAUGGUCUGGCUAAACUUGAAGAAGCUUCUUCUUCAGUGGAAAAUCUGAAGCAAGAGUUAGCUGUAAUGGAGCAGGAUUUAGCAGUAGCAUCUGACAAAGCGGAGAAGGUUCUCUCAGAAGUUACUAUUCGAGCCCAGGCAGCUGAAAAAGUAAAAAAUAGUGUUCAGAAGGCCAAAGACGUGGCUCAAGUCAUUGUGAAUGAGAUCAGUGUUGACAAAGCAGUAGCAGAAGAAAAGUUAGAAGCUGCUAAGCCAGCUCUUGAAGAAGCAGAGGCUGCUCUUAAUACUAUUAAGCCUGCUCAUAUUGCCACUGUACGAAAACUUGGGAGACCACCACAUCUUAUCAUGCGAGUUAUGGAUUGUGUUCUUCUUCUGUUUCAAAGAAGACUGCAGCAUGUCCAGCAAGACCCAGAGCGACCUUGUGUCAAACCAUCAUGGGAUGAGUCACUGAAGUUUAUGUCAGGUGCUGGUUUCCUUCAAGCCCUGCAGAACUUCCCUAAGGAUACUAUCAAUGAUGAAGUGGUUGAGCUUUUAGAACCAUAUUUAGCAAUGGAUGACUACAAUAUGGAGACAGCAAAACGAGUAUGUGGGGAUGUUGCAGGUCUUUUGUCAUGGACAAAAUCUAUGGUCCUUUUCUUUGGAAUAAACAAAGAGGUGUUGCCUCUGAAGGCAAAUCUAGCUGUUCAAGAAGCUCGACUCUCUGUGGCCAUGGACGAGCUAAACAAAGUACAGGCAGAACUAGACGAGAAAGAACAGGAACUGAAUGAGGUGAAAACACAGUAUGAGGCUGCCAUGAUGGAAAAGCAGAGAUUAGUGGAUCAGGCAACAGUUUGUCGUACAAAGAUGUGUCGUGCAGCAACACUAAUUACAGAACUGGAAGGGGAGUAUAAAAGAUGGACAGAACAAAGUAGACAGUUCAAGGCACAAGUGGGAAGACUUGUUGGAGAUGCACUUCUUGCAACUGGAUUUUUGUCUUAUUCUGGUCCUUUCAACCAAGAGUUCCGUUCUCUUCUUUUCAACAAUUGGCAAGAGGAACUCCAGCGAAGGAAGAUUCCUUUGUCUGAGAAUCUAGAUAUCUGUGACAUGUUGGUGGACAAUGCAACAAUAGCUGAGUGGAACCUCCAAGGUCUGCCUAGUGAUGAGCUGUCAGUACAAAAUGGCAUCAUAGUUACUAAAGCUUCAUGCUAUCCACUCUUGAUUGACCCACAAGGUCAAGGUAAACAGUGGAUAAAGAACAGAGAAAUAGCAAAUGAACUUCAGAUAACAUCCUUAAACCACAAAUAUUUUCGUCAACACUUAGAGGACAGCCUAUCAUUAGGAAGACCUUUACUUAUAGAGGAUGUUGGUGAAGAGCUGGAUCCUGUUCUGGAUAAUAUCUUGGAGAAAAAUUUCAUAAAAUCAGGCUCUACUAAAAAGGUUAUGGUGGGAGACAAGGAAUGUGAUAUCAUGCCAGGGUUUAUGCUUUAUGUAACCACCAAACUUCCAAAUCCUGUAUACGUGCCUGAAAUCAGUGCUAGAACAGCAAUUAUUGACUUCACUGUCACAAUGAAAGGACUGGAGAACCAGCUGCUUGGAAGAGUAAUUUUAACUGAGAAAGCUGAGCUGGAGAGUGAAAGGGUGGAGCUAUUAGAAGAAGUUAUGGAAAAUAAGAGAAAUAUAAAGGAACUAGAAGAUAAUCUCCUCCUACGGUUGACAAGCACAGAAGGUUCACUUGUUGAUGAUGAAGACCUUAUUACAGUUUUAAAAGACAUGAAAGCAACAGCGUUACAAGUAAAUCAAAAACUGCAGGUAGCUGCUAACACCCAACAGAAGAUUAGUGCUGCCAGAGAAGAGUUUCGGCCAGUUGCCACUAGAGGGAGCAUUCUGUACUUCUUGAUUGUAGAAAUGAGUGUAGUGAAUGUUAUGUAUCAGACAUCACUACGACAGUUCCUUGGAUUGUUUGAUCUCUCUAUUUCAAAGUCUUCUCCAAGCAAAUACACAUCUCAAAGAAUUGCCAACAUCAUUCAGUACUUAACCUAUGAAGUGUAUAAGUAUGCAGUGCGAGGAUUUUAUGAAAGACACAAGUUUCUAUUCACACUUUUAUUAGCUUUGAAGAUUGAUCUUCAGAGUAAGAGAAUCUCACAUCACCAGUUUAUUACUUUUAUAAAAGGAGGAGCUUCUUUGGAUUUGAAAGCUGUUCCUUCUAAACCUUUCAAGUGGAUUCUAGACAUUACUUGGCUCAACCUAGUACAGUUGAGUAACCUUCCCGAGUUUGAACACAUUUUGAAUCAGGUGUCAAGCAAUGAGAAAGGAUGGAAAUCCUGGCUGGACACUGAUAUGCCAGAAGGAGAGCCUUCCCCAGAUGACUAUGAGCGUCAGCUGGAUAUAUUUGGAAAGUUACUUUUGAUAAGGUCAUGGUGUCCAGACAGAACUCUGUCUCAAGCUAGGAAGUACAUAUCAGAAUCACUUGGAGAGGAAUAUUCUGAAGGGGUUAUACUUGACUUAGAAGCCACUUGGCAAGAAUCUGAUUGUCGUACUCCUCUGAUUUGCUUCCUGUCUAUGGGAGCUGAUCCUUCUGCACAGAUUGAAGCACUAGCAAAGAAGUACAAAUUGGAGUGUAGAGCAAUUUCUAUGGGCCAAGGGCAGGAGUUUCAUGCAAGAAGAUUACUAAACCAGUCUAUGAAUGUAGGUGGAUGGGUUCUCCUUCAGAACUGUCACCUAAGCUUACAGUUUUGUGAAGAAGCUCUUGAUGCAGUAAUGGAAACUGAAAGCAUGCAUGAAUCUUUCCGGCUCUGGAUAACUACGGAAGUUCACCCACAAUUUCCUAUUGGUUUGUUACAGCUGUCAAUCAAGUUCACUAAUGAGCCACCUCAAGGAAUAAAAGCCAGCUUAAAGCGAACAUAUGCAAGUUUGCCUCAGGAUACACUUGAGUAUAGCACAUUACCUCAGUGGCAGCCACUUCUGUUUGCUGUUGCAUUUCUCCAUACCAUAGUUCAGGAACGACGCAAGUUUGGGCCUCUUGGAUGGAACAUUCCCUACGAGUUCAACCAGGCUGAUUUUUCAGCAUCUGUGCAGUUCCUUCAAAAAUUCUUAGAUGAUUUGGAUCCCAAAAGGGGGGUGUGCUGGAAAACUAUUUCAUACAUGCUGGGAGAGGUUCAGUAUGGUGGACGAGUCACUGAUGACUUUGACAACCGUCUGUUGAAUACAUAUACAGAUGUGUGGUUUGGAGAACAACUUUUUCAGCCAGAUUUUGAGUUCUUUAAUAAUUACUCUGUGCCCAGUUGUAACACUACGCAGCAGUAUCUGGAUUUUAUUAACGACUUGCCAUCUACAGAUUCUCCUGAGGUGUUUGGAUUACACACUAAUGCUGAUAUAACAUACCAGAUAAACACAGUAAAAGAAGUAUUAAACACCAUUUUGAGUGUUCAGCCAAAGGACACAAGUAGCCAAGGUGGAGAAACAAGGGAAGCUGUUGUCUACCGAAUGGCUAAUGACAUGCUGAAUAAACUACCUCCUGAUUAUGUCCCCUAUGAAGUUAAAAAACGACUUAAAAAACUUGGGCCAUUAGCUCCCAUGAACAUCUUCUUGAGACAAGAGGUAGACCGUAUGCAAAGAGUGAUUUCAACUGUACGUUCAACACUGUUGGAUCUAAAGUUGGCUAUUGAAGGCACAAUAAUAAUGAGUGAAGGACUGAGAGAUGCUUUAGACUCUAUGCAUGAUGCUCACACUCCAGCAAUGUGGAAAAAGAUAUCCUGGGAGUCGAGUACCCUCGGCUUCUGGUUUACAGAGUUGUUAGAAAGGGAUGCCCAAUUUCGGCAAUGGUGUUUCGAAGGACGGCCAAAUGUCUUCUGGAUGACUGGUUUCUUUAACCCUCAAGGUUUCCUUACAGCAAUGAGACAGGAAGUGACCAGAGCGCAUCGUGGUUGGGCCUUAGAUGUUGCAGCUCAGCAUAAUGAUGUUACCCGGUUUAUGAAAGAAGACAUAACAGAACCACCAGCUGAAGGGGUUUAUAUCUAUGGUCUGUUCCUCGAAGGUGCAGGGUGGGAUAGGAAGAACAGUCGUUUAGUAGAGUCAAAACCCAAAAUGCUUUUUGAGGUACUUCCUGUAAUCCAUAUAUAUGCUAUUAAUACAACUGCAGGAAAGGAUCCAUGGCUGUAUGAAUGUCCAGUUUACAAGAAACCACAGAGAACCGAUUUAACUUAUGUUGGCUCUCUUGACUUGAAAACCCAACAAGGGCCUAGUCAUUGGGUAUUGCGGGGUGUGGUUUUAUUGUGUGACAUCAAAUAAUGUUUAAGAAUUAGUACUAAUAAUUCACAAUUAGUAG